GAGAGAGAGAGAGAGAGAGAAUGGGAGAAUGAGUUUAUGUGUGUGUGCGUGUGUUUAUGUGUACGAGUAGUUAUACGUGUGUAACAUAAGAAUAAUUACAUUUGACAUCUUUAGGAAGAAUGAGCCUUCGAGUUAGUAAUUUCAUGCCAGGCCCCGUAAGGAGGUACACAUCCAUUCAUGUUUAGUCUACUGUGACCGUGAAGAACUCGAUCGCUAUUUAUAAUAUUAACAGUAUAGAGAAAGGCGGCAGGGUCUCACACAGGUGACAAAAUUCGAUGUUAAUGCCUGGAAAACAAUACUCGACAAAAAUCGGUUCUGAGAAUGGACAGUCGAUCUUGAUAAUGUUGCCAAGCCUGUCAAGAAAGGGACCGUGUAGUAUUUUACCGUGUAAAAAAAAAAAAAAAAAAAAAAAAAAAUCUGGAUGCAUUAACAACAUGUAAAAUAGUUUUAGAAGCUAGGCUUAAACCAUAGGAGGAGGUCAACUUGAAAUGGAAAAAUAAUCAUCGGAAUGUGCAUCACGAAUCAUAUCCCGAAAUUAGAGACGGUCAGCGUACGCACAAAUAAAGGUAAUUCAGUUAACACGUUACUUGCUCAUUCUGUAGCCAAACUUAGUGCGUGACGUUAAUCAAUGAACUUCGAGGUAUUCAUAUGUUGAAAAGGAUGUUCUGAAUAUCAUGCAUAAAUUAAAGCCUAUAUCUAUAUAAUUAGAAAGAGAUUUGGUGAAGUAGUUUUGAUAGUCCUAGCUACAGAUGAAAAUACCAAUAAAUUUCUUAAUUCAAGAUCGAAGUCAAGAUCAUACCAUUGCGACGACCAGCACUGCCAAUGCAUACAGUGGAGACAUCAGAUCUCCAAGAGAAAACCACUUCUUACACCAAUAACACGCUUCAUACGACAACGAUUAGCUAAAUCGUGCAGGAAAUUUUUGAAAUAGAAAGUAUGUGGUGAAACCUGUUCGCAUCCACGGUCAAGAUAAGGUACUUUCAUUAGAUCUUAGUCACAAGGCUACAUUCCAGACACGAACAAACUCUGCCUCAUUGUAAAAUCAGAACACUACAACUGUGCCUUGCAAACAUUUACAAGCAAUGAAGUGGAUUUAUCAAUUAGCAGUAAAAGCGACAUCUAGGAGCUGUCAUAGGCAACCCAGAAUUUGAAGCUGAGUGCGUUAGAUGAAUAGUAGAGACGGGUACCGCAAACCCGGUGACACUGAAAGAGGAAAUAGCUAAAGAUAUUGUCAACUCUGUUAGCUCAUUUUGUCUGUUAAAAAACAUGUGAAAGUGAUAAGUGUAAGCAACAAGAAAUCAAGCCAAUACAGUAAAAAGGACGCCAUGCGAAGCAAAAAACAAACUGGAGGCUAUUAUCUUGAUUUCAUGAACGGCGACAGAAGAUGGAGUUUUCACAGGAUGCAGGAGUAUUGACCUGACGAAGAAGCAAGCGUUCCCCCGCCGGCACGCACGCAGCCGGCCUUGCUUGUCCGCUUGAGGCCUAAUCUGACGUCUCGCUGCUUGCUGGACACGGUCGCGCGCACCGAUGAUGAUGUGCUUGACCUGACACAUCGCUUAGAUCCUCCUCGCAGCGUCUCGGGUCACGUGACAUAUGCCUCAGUACAAGAAGCAGCCUCACAUCCUCCACCUGCAGCAGACGCUCGCCUUGAGCAACAGCUCGAGUUCUUCGUCACUUGACUCGGCAUCGUCCUGCGCUUCGCCAAGUGUAUGCUCGAGCACUCUCAUACAGGACGACAGCUGCACCGACUCGUCUUACAGUUUUUCCGGCAAGUCGAGCUCAUCCUACACGUCAGAUUCCAACACUACCUCAUCCUCGGCCUAUCAAGAGCGAAGGAUGCCGCAGCCUGGCAAUGACGUGGCUCCUGCCGAAGGGGUGACCUACGUGGGGAUCGACACCCUGCAAGAGCAGACCAGGAUCAAGGCUCUGAGAAGGGGGUACUCCUUUAAUCUCAUAGUUGUUGGUCGUAGCGGGUUAGGGAAGUCCACCAUGGUCAACACACUCUUCAAGUCUUCCGUUGCUCGAAGGAAACAAGGAGACAAGGAGCCUUUGCCACAGACCACAGUGGUGAAGAGUGUCAGUGCAUCCUUGACAGAAGGUGGAGUGAGACUGAACCUGACAGUGACUGACACGCCAGGCUUUGGAGACCAUGUGAAUAAUGAGAACUGCUGGGAGCCUAUUGUCAACUUUAUUGAAGAUCAGUACGCCCGAUACCUUAAGGAAGAAGUGAAAAUUGAGCGACCACUUCACAUAGAGGACACGCGGGUACAUUGCUGUAUCUACUUCAUUCCUCCCACUGGACACUCCUUAAGCUCCUUAGACGUGGAGGUGCUCCAGCGGCUGGAGAAGAUUGUAAAUGUGGUGCCUGUUAUUGCAAAGGCUGACACACUAACACUAGAGGAGAGGAUGGCUUUCAAGGAGAGGAUAAGAGCAGAUCUGCUAGAUCACGGGAUCCAGAUUUACCCGGUGAAGGAGUUUGAAGACAUAGAAGAUGUUCAUGAUAAUGCAAAAAUCAGGGAACGACUCCCUUUUGCUGUGGUAGGAAGCACCACAUGGCACGACCUUCAUGGGAAGAAGGUCUUGGGUCGACGUUCCAACUGGGGGCUGGUUGAAGUAGAGAAUAAACAUCACAAUGAUUUUGCCUUCUUAAGAGAUAUGAUUAUAAGAACCCAUAUGCAGGACCUGUUGGACACGACAGCCCUCCGACACUACGAGAACUUUAGAAGAUCCAAGCUGACUUGCAAAGAAACUCUGAUUAAUGGAAAGGAUUCAGAUUCAGAUCAUGUGAAGCAUCUCAAUGAAUCCAAUAUUUAGGACGUAUUACUCUAGCAAUUAUGUUUUUUUUUUUUUCUUUACCUUUUUUUUGCAGUUUUGCAUUUCAAAGACAUAAUGUAGUAUGUAUAUACUUUUUUUAUUAUCUAAAAUGGAAUUUUAUAUGGAUAUUUUAUAAGCUGAAAUGUUUGAUUUAGUUUACAAAAGUUAUUUGAACUUCAAUUGAAAUAAAACAGAUUAUUACUAUUAGAAAUCAUCUUUGUAAUUUUUACCUUUGUAGUUACUUAAUUAUUUUAUUUCAUUUCUUUUUUCUCAACCAGAGUUUAUAUCCUUCAUGUGAUUUUUUAGAUUACUAGUAAAUGAUCUUAUUCUUACAUCGGACAGUGUACUUGAAAAUAUACGACCUACUUAUAUAUAUACAUAUACAUGUAUACAUAACUCUCAUAUCUUUUGUGCAUUUCCAUUAUCUAGCAGAGAAGCUAACUUUACAUGUGUGUGCCUUAUUUGGACUUGUUAAGAGAAUGUAAUAUCAGUCUUCAAAGGUAUUCUGUUCAGUUUUGUACCACCAGAAUGUUGGUUGUAAUCAAGAAAAAUGAAAUGACCCUCAGAAAAAAAUACGUAGCAUAAAUAUAUAUUGAUCAAGUAGGGGCUGAAAGUGUUAUAAAUGGUUAAUGAUCUCAGUAGUGAAAAACGUAUUUGUAAAAGUUUCUCUAAAUGACAUUAAAUCACCUUUCCCAAGUUCGUCAAGACAGUGGGUAUUCCCGUUCAUCUUCCAGUUUUUUGUAUCAUUAAGUGUGCCUUUUUAAUGGCAUAGUCAAAGUGCUCAAGGCUGGUCUUAUUGUAAAAGCUAUUAAUUUUUUGUAUUUAAUGUAAUGACCAUUACAUAUCUGCUAUUCACAUUUAGAUUAUAAUGUAUAUCUGAUACAG